CCGGUGAUUGAGACGCAUGCACCUGUCAUCCCAGCUAUACAUCUAAUAGCUUGUCCUGUUUUUAGCUUUCUGAUCAAUACCAGAGAAGAUUCCUCUACCGCUUACCUGCCUUUUCAGAUUGUCCAGCAUGUGACGGCAAUCAUGUCUGGCUAUCUCGGGCGCAGGUUGUACACCAACUCAUGGGGAACAACGGAAUUACUAUUUGGAUAUGGAUUGCGAGAAAGGCGCGUGUCGUGCCUAUCUUAUACAUUAAAUACAGAAGACUUCAGAGCCGGCUUUUGCAAUGUUCAUAUUGCGAAAGGAUAUAGCUCACUUUCGCGAAAACCGACUCGGCCUAUGAAAGUACCUGCUACCGCGGGCUUUGUACAUGGCGCCUCUGAUCACACUGCAGCCGGGGCAACAUACGCCAUCCCUCUAAGGGACUUGAGGCCGCAUAGGAUUUCUACACUGGAAAGAAAGGGUUUGGGUAUUGUCUCCUGGCUUACGAUUAGGCGCGGUUUUCAUACGAACCCAGAUGAUCGGAGGACGACCGAGUUACAGAAGGAACCUAAAAAUCAUAAUGACGGCCGCCCUCAUCCUGACAGUCUAAGUAAUAGCCCUGAGACAUCCACCAACGAUAAAAGUCAGGUUUCUGAGCCGCAGUUACCUGAAGUUCAUCAAAAAGGGCAAUUAAACCGCCAUCUCCGGGACCGAUUACCACAUAUGCCGCACUUGCACCGGCCUACGAAAGAAGAAUUGUUGGCUGCAGCUAAUGGGUUCUGGUCACGACUUAAGGUCCGGUUCAAGUGGUUCUCUAUACGAAGUGUCAGGCCUUUCAACCUGGAUGAAAUAACCGCUCUCUUCUCAUGGGUGCUCUUGGGGCAUGUGGUUUGGGUAGUCUUGGGUACUACCACUUUCUUCUCAUUGCUUAUCAUCGCAAUUAAUACGGUGUUCGCCCAAGAAACAUUGGCUGGCUGGAUCGGAAAUUAUCUUACUAAGUCUUCCGGCGUAAAGGUUGUUUUCGAGUCUGCAAUUGUUCCGAAAUGGAAAGAUGGCGUGAUCACUUUCAAGAAUGUCUUUGUCUCCAGGCGACCAGGACAAGGGACGGGACAUGUAAGUAAGGGCUCUUCGAAGACCGCUGCUGCCGUCGCCGCCGCCGCCCUUGGGGAGCAAACCAACCCUGAACUGCCUGAGCAGCGGCCUGUGUCGGAAGAAGAGGACACCAACUACACACAGUUCGAUGUGUCGAUCGAAACAGUCAACGUUACGUUGUCAUUUACGAAGUGGAUCAACGGUAAAGGACUUCUUCGUGACGUUGAGGUACGGGGAAUUCGCGGUGUAGUCGACCGCAGAUAUGUUCACUGGUCGGAUGACGAUCUUGAUCCCAAAUCUUACCGACAUGAGCACAAUCCUGGUGACUUCGAAAUUGAUUCUUUCAAGAUGAGCGAUGUGUUGGUUACCGUGUACCAGCCAGACAACUUUAGGCCCUUCCCUGUCAGCAUUUUCUCCUGUGAUUUGCCUCAACUGAGAAAACAAUGGCUAUUCUAUGAUUUUAUGUCCGCCAAUAUGAUGUCGGGGUCGUACGACAACUCAUUGUUCACAAUCCAUCCUCGACAAACUCAUGGCUUUACCGGUGCACAGCUGGAAAAUGGGGGGGAAGAAGAUGGUAAACCAAGUCCAUGGAAGAAGCAUAGCAGGAUACGCAUCGAUGGUCUGAAUAUUGAUCAUCUAAACCGAGGAGUCCAGGGCCCGUUUUCUUGGAUACAUGAGGGGACGGUCGACAUCGUUUCCGACAUUAUGUUUCCGGCGGAGAAUGAUGAAAGCCUUGCGAAGGUUAUGGCCGGAUUCUAUGACCGGCUAGAAGCGACAGUCUCGUCUAAUCUGGAUCUUGAGUCAGCCACGUCCAACGUGAACUCGUCAGAUGAAAUCGCUGCCGAAGAUGACAGGAGGUUCCUAGUCACCGAUCUCCGCCUCCACUUGAACAACGUCAGGGCUGUUGUUCCUCUUUUCACACGAGACCUUUCAUAUAUCAACAAUGCGCUUAUUAGACCCAUUGUUGCCUAUAUUAAUUCAAGGCGUACUUUUAUUCCAGUGAACUGUCGCCUCGUCAAACGCCUCGGAGAUUUUGAUGGCAGUUGGACCACUUGGGAUAGCGGCUUGAUGGAUGAUCUUUCAGCGGCGGUAUACGAUGCGUUUGCGCGAGAUGUGGUUGAUGAACAGGCUCGAAAGCGACGUUUCAAGAAAGUUGGCUUCUGGUCACUCCAAUUGGCUGCCCAGGCCAUCUUUAUGGGCAUGGCCGGAAAUAUAGCAUAGCAUUGUAUAGUUGUACCAUACGGGUGUCUGGGAGUUAAGCUGGGUAAUUUGGUUUCACUGGGAUAAAGGCGUUGGACAGGGGAAAAAGCGAUCUCAUCUUUACCCCAACCCUUGAAUUUUGUUGUACUUUGACUCAGGGGGCUGCAUUAGAAAAGGUGUUCUGGUGUUUUCAUGUCACAUUAUAUGCCUCUCUUCUCAUCUGAUUGGGGUUUUCCACCAUUUCUGACGCGAUUCUCAGCUUCUUGUCCUCAGUGGCGGGGCAUGAUGGACGGGGCAGCCAAGCAAAUCCAACAAGUAUGGUGCCCUCGAGGCCUUCUCUCAAGUGGGCUUUGCUUUUCAUGCAGGACCACUAGUGGCAUAUGCUUUUUCUGCGCCUAUCUCUAAAGGGUAUGCCACUGGGGAAAUUUGAACCAAUCAGUUGUCAUAGCAAAGCAUAGCCGUUUUAAUCAAGCAUCUGUAAAUGCAGCAAGACUGUUUACUAUGUCUGCAAGUUUGGAUACUGAAGUUGGC